AUGACUCAGGAUCGUCGCCUUGUUUUUGUUGCCUUUACCACUAACCCAUAUUAUCGUAUUAAGUCCUCCGUUUCAACCGUUGCCAUAAAGUCCCCCUCUUUGACCAAGCAACUCCUGCGACCGUGGAAUCCCCCGCGCGCGAAAAUCAGUGAGGUACCCGGCGCCAUGGCUCGCCAAACCAAGAUGGCCGCCCAGGCCAAGAACGGUGCAUAA